GAGAGAGGGUGGGCCGGUGUGAGGGCGGGCCGUGGACUGGCGGAGCCCGGACUAACUCGAACGACGCGGGGAGAGCGGCGAUCUCGACGCCGGUGGUUCCGCGGACGAGCUGGCUUCAUUCACCCAGCAUAAAGCCUUUGAGAUUCAUCCAAGUUGGUGCCUGGGAAGAAGAUGAGCCUUAAGUCUGAACGCAGAGGAAUUCAUGUGGAUCAAUCAGAGCUCCUAUGCAAGAAAGGAUGUGGUUACUAUGGCAACCCUGCUUGGCAUGGUUUCUGUUCCAAGUGCUGGAGGGAGGAGUACCACAAAGCCAGGCAGAAGCAGAUUCAGGAGGACUGGGAACUGGCAGAGCGACUGCAGCGGGAAGAGGAAGAGGCCUUUGCCAGUAGUCAGAGCAGCCAAGGGGCUCAGUCUCUCACAUUUUCCAAGUUCGAAGAAAAGAAAACCAAUGAGAAGACCCGCAAGGUCACCACAGUGAAGAAAUUCUUCAGUGCUUCAUCCAGGGUUGGAUCAAAGAAGGCAGAAAUUCAGGAAGCAAAAGCUCCCAGUCCUUCCAUAAACCGGCAAACCAGCAUUGAAACGGAUAGAGUGUCUAAAGAGUUCAUAGAAUUUCUCAAGACCUUCCACAAGACAGGCCAAGAAAUCUAUAAGCAGACCAAGCUGUUUUUGGAAGCAAUGCAUUACAAAAGGGAUUUAAGCAUUGAGGAACAAUCAGAGUGUACUCAGGAUUUUUACCAGAAUGUGGCUGAAAGAAUGCAAACUCGAGGGAAAGUGUCUCCAGAAAGAGUUGAGAAGAUAAUGGAUCAGAUUGAAAAGUACAUCAUGACUCGUCUCUACAAGUACGUGUUCUGUCCAGAAACUACUGAUGAUGAGAAGAAAGACCUCGCCAUUCAAAAGAGGAUCAGAGCCCUUCACUGGGUUACACCUCAGAUGCUUUGUGUCCCUGUUAAUGAAGAAAUUCCUGAAGUGUCUGAUAUGGUGGUGAAAGCAAUUACAGAUAUUAUUGAAAUGGAUUCGAAGCGUGUGCCUAGAGAUAAGCUGGCCUGCAUCACCAAGUGCAGCAAGCACAUCUUCAACGCCAUCAAGAUCACCAAGAAUGAGCCGGCCUCAGCCGAUGACUUCCUACCCACUCUCAUCUACAUUGUGCUGAAGGGUAACCCCCCGCGCCUUCAAUCUAAUAUUCAGUAUAUCACCCGCUUCUGCAACCCAAGCCGAUUGAUGACUGGGGAGGAUGGCUACUAUUUCACCAAUCUGUGCUGCGCUGUGGCUUUCAUUGAGAAAUUAGAUGCCCAGUCUUUGAAUUUAAGUCAGGAAGAUUUUGAUAGAUACAUGUCUGGCCAGACUUCUCCCAGAAAGCAAGAGUCUGAGAAUUGGUCUCCUGAUGCUUGUUUAGGUGUCAAGCAAAUGUAUAAGAACUUGGAUCUCCUGUCUCAGUUGAAUGAACGACAGGAAAGGAUUAUGAAUGAAGCCAAGAAACUUGAAAAAGAUCUAAUAGAUUGGACGGAUGGAAUUGCAAAAAAGGUUCAAGACAUUGUUGAGAAAUGUCCACUUGAAAUUAAGCCCCCAAAUCAGUCUUUAGCAGCUAUUGACUCUGAAAAUGUUGAAAAUGAUAAACUUCCUCCACCGUUGCAACCUCAGGUUUAUGCAGGAUGAUAAAAAUGCACAUGGAUAGUAUUUAUUUGAACCUAAAUUGUAGCUAGCCCUUACUACAGUCCACUGACCAAGUUAUAGAAUAUAACUUAAUUGUUUAUAAAUGUCAGAGAAUUUUUAAAGGUACAGUUUGUAAGGAUUGUUUUUGUUUUGUUUUGUUUUCCUGGCAGGGGAAGCUUAGUAAAUAAUAAAGUACUAUUUAUUUGAGUUACUGAAAUAGAUUCAUUUAAGGCUUGUGUGAAGAUUCUGUCUAAACCUGUUUUUUCCAUGGUUUCCCUCUGUGCUUCCUCAUGGUGGUCAGUGUGGGGUAGACUGGGGUAAAUAAUUGCCUCUUUAAGGGUAAAACAAAUGAAUGCUACAAAAAUGUAUGUUUAAGGGAAUUCAAUGGUACCACUACUCUGUAAGUUGAAAUAAUUUUAUAAUUGUAAAGAUAGAAGAUAUAUUGAUAAGUAAGUAUAUAAAAUUGUAAAUAUGUAAAGAAAAGGAAUGGUGUGUGCUGUGCAUGGCAUUUCAUGUGUUCAUUGUCUUUGUUGUUUAAAAUAGUAGAUUGAAUGUUCGCCUUUAACACCAUUGUAUUUGGUUUGCCCACUAAAGUGAAUGUUGAAGCGUGUAGACAUACUCUCCUUAAAGUGUUGACUCCAUCUUUAACGAUAUGGUAACCCUGACUUUGAGGUCCUAUAUAGCCAGAGACUAUGACACUAUUGGGGUUCGGGAUAACUUAAGUCAUAUAAAAUCGCUGCUCAGUAUAGUCAAUUGAAGGCUUUGAUCCAUGCUUCUCAUACUUCUUUCCUCUCUGCAUUCAGCAAAUAUUUAUUGAGCUUGCUCAGGGUCAAAGGGCAGAGGUAUGAGUGGGGCCCUGCUGGUGAGAGCUAAAGUGCAGGGGGUACCUUUCACUUCCAUAGUAGACUUCUGACUUUGUGGACAAGCCAGACACAUGUCAUAUAAACCUCUUUUGGGGUUCCUGAGUCUCAGUACUGUUGACAUUUGGGGCCUGAAGGGUUUUUGUUGUGGGGGCUGCCCUGUGAAUUAUGGGAUGUUUAGCAACAUCUCUAGUCUCCAUAUCCACUAGAUGCUAGGAGUAUCCCCCAUGGUAGUGAAAAAUCAUCUUCAGACAUUGUUACCCGGUGGGGCAGGUGGGGGAGCUCAAUUAACCACUGAUCUCUUUUGUAAGCAAGAGAGUACUCCUGGCAGUUAAUAUGACGGAACCAAAGAAUACUGCAUUGAAUGCACAGUAUAAUGUUAACCGAUACCGUUUCAGUGAGGCUUUACAGCCACUGUCAGUGUGGAACUUCUUCUAAUUCUAAUGCAGCCUCUCAUAACCUGAAUAUGCCGUUUAUGAUCCUCCUUCCCAUCAGUGAUUUCUGCACAUCAUCAGUGUGCCUGUGAAACGGCAUCAUUCUCAGGGCAUCAAUCUUGAACAAGGUCGUGUCACGCAAAGAAAGUUUCCUUUGCUUUCCCAAUAUACCUUGCUAAUCAUGUACCACAAAUUCGUAGUGCAGUCACUUUGGAAUAAAGCUAAGGUAAGCGUAAGGCUUUUUAUCCUUAAAUUUACAUAUAAAAUCCAUGAAGUUGACACAUCCAUUGUCAUAAAGCACUGAAGACAUGAAGUAGUUCACUGAGUCAGCUGAUUACCAAGUUCAAAUAGAAUGGAAUGAGUUACUAUCAAAUACCAAUGAGAAUUCGUUCACAGAGUCUGCUCUUAGAAACAUGGGCCCAAUUGAUUUUCAUAGAGAGCUUUCCCCCUUUUUUUUUUCCUAUGUACUUUCUAGGUGCUAAUCCAGAUAUGCACAUUCUUAAUUCUCCUGGGAAUAAAUAGUUCUUUCAAUCAUUGUAUAUUAUGUUUGUUAAAUAAAAUGUGCAUAUCUGUCUCCCACUAAA